CUGUCACGUGGAAGAUGAAGCAAGUUGUUUUCUUCUGCUCCGGAGAGUAGGACCCAAACCAAUGGCUUCAAGUUACAAGAAAGGGGAUUUCAACCAUUAGAAAGCAUUUACUGAAGCCAAACUCACCAGGCUCCGACUGCGCCCUCUGAUUGGCCGCCGUUGUUUCCGGGGGCGUGGCUACGCGUGGAAUGCUGAGACUGAGCGUCCCAGAACCGGACGGUCCUGCUUCGGAGGCGGCCUGUUGAUUGGCUCGUGACACUUACGGAAAGAGGGGAGAAUGGAAUGUUGGGGACUCUGAGCGUUCCAGAGAUACUUUGCUGUUGUUGUUUCAUUCAUUUUUUACGCAGCCGCGGAUGCGAAAAGGGAAAGAAAGAAAAAAGUAGGGUGAGAUUUUGCAGGCGCAAGUCGCCUACUCAGAAGUAGGCUCCAUUAAAUUCAAUGGGACUUGCUUCCAGGGAAGGGUAGCGUUGCAGCCUCAACCUAGAGCCUUCUGCGGAGUCCCUUCUGGAUUAAAAACGAGGGAAAUCUUUGGAAUUGCACUUUCUGCUGCGAGAGGAUCCCAGGCGUCUCUUGGCGGAAUCGACGGACCCGGGGACCCGGUUGGGACAGGAACCAGGAAAAGUCACGAGGAGGUGACCUGCCAAGAUGGUAGACCAUCUGGCCAACACUGAGAUCAACAGCCAACGCAUUGCGACUGUGGAGAGCUGCUUUGGAGCAUCCGGCCAGCCGUUGGCCAUACCUGGAAGGGUCCUCUUGGGCGAAGGGAUUUUGACCAAAGAAUGCCGGAAGAAAGCCAAACCGCGGAUCUUCUUCCUGUUCAACGACAUCCUUGUGUAUGGAAGCAUUGUGAUCAACAGGAGGAAGUACAGCUCCCAACACAUCAUACCCCUUGAUGAAGUCACCCUGGAGACUUUGCCGGAUACCCUACAGAUGAAGAACCGUUGGAUGAUCAAAACAGCCAAGAAGUCCUUCGUCGUUUCCGCCGCUUCCCUGACCGAGAGGAAAGAAUGGAUCAGCCACCUGGAGGAAUGCAUCCGCCACUUGCUGUCCAAGAUGGGCCAGCAGCCCCCCACGGAACACGCUGCCCCCUGGAUCCCAGACAAGGCCACCGACAUCUGCAUGCGCUGCACACAAACCAAGUUCUCCACUCUCACGCGCAGGCACCACUGUCGGAAGUGUGGCUUUGUGGUGUGCGGAGACUGCUCUCGACAAAGGUUCCUGAUGCCCCGGCUGUCCCCGAAGCCUUUAAGGGUGUGCAACCUUUGCUACAAACAGCUGGUGGCAGCAAAAAAGGAGAGCGAGGAACAGUCGAAGACAGCCCAUUCUCCUCUGGUUGGCUAUGAGCCUUCCAGCGGAGAUGACAGUGACAGGUCCGACGAGGACAGAGUGGAACAGUGGUCAGCGGAGGCAGAGUUUUACACAUCCAACACAGCUUGGUCAUCUUUCCAUAGCUGACCCCUGCAUGGCCUUGUUAAUUUCAGGGGCCGCAUGCUUAUUUCUGAGGAAUACAGGGAACACACACUUUCCAAAGUGCACUUUUCAGAGGAGUAGCUUUCAUCGUGUCUUUUGGUCCCAUGUGUUUUCCUCCUCUGUGGUUAAGGAAGAAGAUACUGAAUCAAACUAAAAUAUGCAAGAGCCUGCUUGUCUCCUCUAAGGCCUGGCCUGCACUAUAUAUCUGAAGCAGCAUCAUUCCGCUUCAAGUAGUCAUGGCUAUGGGGAAGGGCUGUAGCUCAGCGGUAGAGCAUCUGCCUUGCAUGCUGAAGGUCCCCAGGUUCAAUCCCUAAUAGUAUCUCCAUCUAGGGCUAGGUGAGACUCCUGUCUGAAACUCUGGGAAGCCACUCAGUGCCAGUCAGUGGAGACCAUUCUGAACUAGGUGGGCCUAAUGGUCUGAAUCAGGAAGCUUCCUAUGCUUCCCUUCAUGAAUCCUGGGAGCUGUCAUUUGUUAAGUGUGCUGAGAGUUGUGAGGAGACCCCUUAUUCUGUCCACAGAGCUACAGUUUCCAGAACAAUCCG